GUAAAAGCAAUCAUUUCUCCUUCUCUCAUUCUUGCAGCCAUUGAGAAAUACUGUGAGAGCUGUGAUUGGUCACAGCUUGUCACAUGGCACAAGGCUGUUGUGAAUAACCUUGUACCAUGUGACCUCUGUGAUCAUUCACAGAUUUCACAAGUAGUAAGCAAUGAUGUCAGAAGUGACAUCUUGUUUACUGCUAUUCACAGAGGUCCCGUACAGCGAUCGGUGUUCCGCUGUGUCUGGAGGAUUCACAGGGAGCGUGCACAGGCAGUGAAUGCGGGUGCCGUUUAUAAAUGGCAACCCUCUUCGGCACUGCUCCCAUCCGGCUGUUUAUCUACAUGGGCUGGAUGGGAAGUGGUU